AUGGGCUUAACAUUUACGCCAGAAUCGACAUUGAAAUCAGUUGAUCCACGAUAUUUGGUUACCAGAGAUAUUAAUAAUAAUAAUAAUAACGGUUUAACUGAGAAAAUUGAGAUCAAAUUUUUUAGAUACGAACCAACUGGUCAUGUGAUCAUUAAAUAUGUUAAUCUAAGCAAUAAUGAUAGUUAUAAUGAUACCAAACCUGACGAAACAUUACAGUCGAUUGUUAAGCGAACUGAGCAAAGGUUGGACACUAUUUUCAAACUACAGCCCAUCGACGCUAACAUCAGUAGUAAUCAUAACAACAACAACAACAAUGACAGUGAGAUACUAGUGAUGAAAACUGAUGCCAACACCGAUUUGACGACAAUUACAUCGAUUAUGACAACCAAUUCUAAUAAGAAAAUACACAAAACAACAGAUCAAACAAAAAUUCAAAAUCAGACUAACGAUGACAGUGAUGAUGACGACGACAAAGACAAUCUACUGAUCUAUCAUUUACCGAAAAAAAUUGUGGUCAACACCGAUAUGACAAUAACUAUUGAUGAACCAACACAUCAGACACCAGAGGAUCAGACUACAAGUAGUGAUAUUACAGACGACAACAACAACAACGAUAAGUUAGAGAAAAAAAUUGUGACCAAAAUGAAUCCCAUAACAAAACUGCCGAUAAAAAUGACAACUAAUGAUGAAAUAGUGUCGGAAACUGAUAACGAAACCGAAUCGCCGAUAACUCUGGCCAGUGAUGAACAGCUGGAAACUACUGAACCCGAAACCGAACCGUCGAUAACAACAACAACACCAACUAAUGAUGAACUGUCGGAAACUGAUAUAACAACCGAACCGGCGAUAACACCAUCUAAUGAUGAACUGUCAGACAAUUUACCGAUAGUAACGACAGCAUCACAUCAAACAACAACAACAAUCGUAGAUCAGAUAUUAGAUAACGACGAUAAAGAUGUGAUAUUAUUGAAAACAUCGGAAACUGAUCCCAACAAAGACAACGAUAAGGACAGUAUGACUGAGACGACGACAGUAGGGCUGGUAACUGAUCCAAACACCACUAAACCGACUACAACAGUGUCAUCAAUAACAACAACGACAACAAUAAAUAAGACAAAGACAACACUGACUACUAGUAAAUCAUCGGACAAAUUGCCAAAUAUAACAACAAAUAAAUUGGAUAUUAAUCAGUUUGUCAGCACAACCACCACAACUACCAGCACGGAUGAUGAUAACAAUGACGAUGAGAUUCAGACAAAAUCAUUGAAAGAAACUGACAGCAAAACCGAACCGCCAAUAACAACAACAACAACUAGUGAUAAACUGUCAAAAACUAGACCUAAAACCAAACCGCCGAUAACAACACCUAAUACUAAACUACAGGAAACUAAACCCAUAACCGAACCGUCGAUAACUACAACAACACCUAACGAUAAACUCCAGAAAACUGAUACCAAACCCGAACCGCCGAUAACACCAUCAACUGAUGAACUGUUAGAAACUGAUAUAACAACCGAACCGUCGAUAACACCAUCUAAUGAUGAAUUGUCAGACAAUUUACCGAUAGUAACGACAACAUCACAUCAAACAACAACAACAACAAUCGUAGAUCAGAUAAUAGAUGACAACGAUAAAGAUGUGAUUUUAUUGAAAGCAACGGAAACUGAUCCCAACAACGACAAUAUGACUGAAACGACAGUAGAUUUGGCAACUGAUCCAAACUCAACUAAACCGACUACAACAUUGUCAUCAUCAACAACAACAAAGAUAACAACAGAUAAGACAAAGACAACACUAUCUAAUAGUAAAUCAUCGGACAAAUUGCCAAAUAUAACGACAAAUAAAUUGGAUAUUAAUCGGAUUGUCAGUACAACCACCACAACCACAACCACCACCACUGAUGAUGACAACAAUGACGAUGAGAUUCACACAAAAUCACUGAAUGAAACUGAUAUCAAAACCGAACCGCCGAUAACCACAACUAGUGAUAAACUGCUAAAUACUAAAUUCAAAACCGAACCGUCGAUAACAACACCUAAUGAUAAACUGCAAAAAACUAAUUUCAAAACCCAGUCGUCAACAACAACAACAACAACAACAACAUCUAACAAUAAGCUUCAGACAACUGAUCCCAAACCCGAACCGCCGAUAACACCAACCACUGAUGAACUAUCAGAAACUGAUAUAACAACCGAACCGUCGAUAACACCAUCUAAUGAUGAACUGUCAGACAAUUUACCGAUAGUAAUGACAACAUCACAUAAAACAACAACCGUAGAUCAGAUAAUUGAUAACAACGAUAAAGAUGACAUCCUAUUGAAAGUAUCGGAAACUGAUAUCAACAACAUUACCGAAACAUCGACAACAAAACCGACAGAUCAACUACCAGUGGAUCAGGUAUUGACGACUACCUAUAACAGUGUUGGUAACGGUUUGAUUAAGUCUAAAGCUAUAUAUCCCGGCAGCACAACCAUCACAACCACUAUUAGCAGCAAACCAGUGGCAGCUAAUAGUCAGACAACAGAGGAUUCAUCUAAUUUAUACACCCAUUAUCACAGUAGUAGUAGUAGUAGUGGUAGUAUUGGUGAUAAAAAUAAGACAAUAACUACAACUAAAUUGAAUAUUAAUCAGAUUGUCAGCACAACCACCACAACCACUACCACUGAUGAUCACAACAGUGACAGUGAAAGUGAUAUAAAAUUACUGAAAGAAACUGAUCCCAAAACCAGCGAAACAAUGACGACUAUUGGUGGUGAAGAAACGGUAGAUGUUUUGGCAAAUGGGACGACACGACGCCAGACACCAAUAGAUCAGAUCAUCACUAAGGCCUCACCUGUUGUAGACGAGGACAGUAUGACUGAGACUACAGUAAAUCUGAUUGUCGGCACAACCACCACAACUACUACCACUAUCACCGCCACUGAUGAUCACAUCAGUGACAGUGAAAUUGAUAUAAAAUUACUGAAAGAAACUGAUCCCAAAACCAGCGAAACGAUGACGACUAUUGGUGGUGAAGAAAUGGUAGAUAUUUUGGCAAAUUUAACGACACACCAGACACCAGUAGAUCAGACUACCGAAUCGGACAAUGAGACUAAAGAGACGGAAACGGCUGAUCCGUUUGCAAGCAGUGAAUCGGCUGUUAAUAGUAUGGCAACAGAGUCUUCAUCAUCUAAUUUACCGACGGCUCACUUAACUGAUAAUGAUGUCAACGCCGAUAUGACUUCAUCAUCAUCAUCAUCAUCAACAGCAACAGAUAUAAUUGAAGAAUCGUCACCAACUGAUCCAAAAACCCAAACAACAACUAAUGAAGAACAUGUAAGAUCUGAGACAACCAUAACAACAGAUAGCCAAACAACAACAACAUCAGUGGAUCAGAUUGCCGCYACCACCASYACCACCACUACCACCACUGAUGAUCACAACAGUGACAGUGAAAUUGAUAUAAAAUUACUGAAAGAAACUGAUCCGAAAACCAGCGAAACAAUGACGACUAUUGGUAGUGAAGAAACGGUAGAUAUUUUGGCAAAUCUAACGACACGACACCAGACACCAGUAGAUCAGACUACCGAUAACAAUGUCGGUGACAGUUUGAUUGAAUCAACUAAAGCACCGGAAGCUGAUGGCGACGACAACAUCACCAGCAGUCAACUGCCGGCUGUUAAUAGUCUGUCUGUAAAAGUUUCAUCUAAUUUACCGAACCAUCACUUAAUGGCUAAUAAGGUCAACAAUACCGAUAUGACUUCAUCAUCAUCGUCAUCAUCAACAACAACAACAACGACUAAUUAUAAACAAUUGGCGGCAAACUCUAUACCACUAAUAAAGACUACAACACAUCAGUCACCAGUAGUAGAUCCGAUCACACAGGCCUCACAUGUUGUAGAUAACAACGAUAAAGAUAUGAUUUUAUUGAAAGCAUCGGAAACUGAUCCCAACAACAACAACGAUAAGGACAGUAUAACUGAGACGACGACAAUAGUAGAGCUGAUAACUGAUCCAAACUCAACUAAACCGACUACAACAUUGUCAUCAUCAUCAUCAACAACAACCACAACAAAUAAGUCAAAGACAACACUGACUACUAGUAAAUUAUCGGACAAAUUGCCAAAUAUAACAACAAAUAAAUUGGAUAUUAAUCGGAUUGUGAGCACAACCACCACAACCACCACUACCACUGGUUAUCACAACAGUGACGGUGAGAUUGAGACAAAAUCACUGAAAGAAGAAACUGAUCCCAAAACCGAACCGCCGAUAACUAUAACGCCAACAACUAGUGAUGAACUAUCAGAAACUACUGAUAGGAUUACCGAAACACCGAAUCCCGACCACAGCAGUGAACUGCCGGCUGUUAAUAGUCUGUUAACAGUUACAACUAAUAUACCCGACCAUCACUUAACAGAUAACGAGGUCAACAACACCGAUAUGACUUCAUUAUCAUCGAUAACAACAACUAAUUAUAAACAAUUGGCAGAUACUAUACCAAUAAUAAUGGCUACAACACAUCAGUCACCAGUAAUAGAUCCGAUCACUAUAGCAUCACCUGUUGUAGAUGAGGACAGUAUGACUGACCUAACAAUUGGUCUGGUAACUGAUCCAACCAUUAAACCGACUACAAUAUUGUCAACAACAACAACAAAGACAACACUGACUGCUAGUAAAUCAUCGGACAAAUUGUCAAAUAUAACAACAAAUAAAUUGGAUAUUAAUCGGACUGUUAGCACAACAACCAUUACUACUAUCACUGAUGAUCACAACAAUGACAGUGAAAUUGAUAUAAAAUUACUGAAAGAAACUGAUCCGAAAUUUAGCGAAACAACGACCAUUGGUGGUGAAGAAACGGUAGAAGUUUUGUCAAAUCAAACGACACACCAGUCACUAGUAGAUGAGAUUAUCGUCACCAACAACACCACUACCUCCACUACCAUCAACACCACUGGUGAUCACAACAGUGACAGUGAAAUUGAUAUAAAAUUACUGAAAGAAACUGAUCCCAUAAUUAGCGUAUCGAUGACCACCAAUGGUGGUGAAGAAACGGUAGAUGUUUUGUCAAAUGUAACGACACUCCAGUCACCAACAGUUGAUCAGACUACCGAUCACAGUGUUGGUGACAGUUUGAUUGAAACUAAAGCACCGGAAGCUAUUAAUACCGACAACACCAGCAGUGAACCACCGGUUUUAUCUAAUAUCCCGACCCAUCAGCUAACAGAAUAUGAGGUUAACAAUACCUAUAUGACUACACAUUCAUCAUCAUUAUUAUCAACAAUAACAGCUAAUUAUGAACAAUUGGCAGACACUAUACCAUCAAUAGAGACCCCAACAACAACAACAAGUCAAUCACCAGUAGUAGAUCCGAUGACUAAUACACAGGUAGUAGAUGAGGACAGUAUGACUGAGAUGACGACAGUAGAGCUGGUAACUGAUCCAAACUCAACUAAACCGAUUAUAACAGUGUCAUCAUCAACAACAACAAAUAAGACAAUGACAACACUGACUACUAGUAAAUCAUCGGACAAAUUGCCAAAUAUAACAACAAAUAAAUUGGAUAUUAAUCGGUUUGUCAGCACAACCACCACAACCACUGGUGAUCACAACAGUGACGGUGAGAUUGAGACAAAAUCACUGAAAAAAACUGAUAUCAAAACCGAACCGCCGAUAACAACCCCUAAUAAUACUAAACUACAGGAAAUCAAACCCAAAACCGAACCGUUAAUAACAACAACUAAUACUAAAUUACUGGAAACUAAACCCAUAACAGAACCGUUAAUAACAAUAUCUAAUACUAAAAUACAGGAAAUCAAACCCAAAACCGAACCGUUAAUAACAAUACCUAAUACUAAAAUACAGGAAAUCAAACCCAAAAUCGAACCGUUAAUAACAACACCUAUUACUAAACCACUGGAAACUAAACCCAAAACCGAACCGUUAAUAACAACACCUAAUACUAAACUACAGGAAACUAAACCCAUAACCGAACCGUUAAAAACAAUACCUAAUACUAUAAUACAGGAAAUCAAACCCAAAACCGAACCGUUAAAAACAAUACCUAAUACUAUAAUACAGGAAAUCAAACCCAAAACCGAACCGUUAAAAACAAUACCUAAUACUAUAAUACAGGAAAUCAAACCCAAAACCGAACCGUUAAUAACAAUACCUAAUAGUACUAAACUACUGGAAACAAAACCCAUAACCGAACCGCCGAUAAUACCAACUACUGGUCAACUAUCAGACAAAUUACCGAUAGUAACGACACAUCAAUCAACAACCACAACAACAGCAAUCGCACAGCAGGUGCUUAACAAAAAACUUAAGGCUAAAGAUAGAGUCGACAUUUUAUUGAAAUCAUCGCUAACUGAUCCCGACAACGAUAACGACAACAUCACCGAAACAUCGACAACAAAAUCGACAGAUCAACUACCAGUGGAUCAGGAAUUUACGAUUACCGGUAACAGUGGUGGUAACAGUUUUAUUAAGACAACUAAAGCACCGGUAUCUAAGACCAACCACACCAGCAAACCGGCUGCUAAUAGUAAACUAAUGGCAAACACUAUACCAAUAGCAAAGACAACAAAAAUAAAUCACUUACCAUUAGAUCCGAUUAUCAAAGCUCAGGAUAAGUACAAUAUGACUGAAAUAAUGAAAAAAUUGGCGACUAAUCCAAAGACUACCACCAAAUCAACUAAAAUAUCUUCAACAACAUCAUCACCACUACCACCACCAACAACAACAACAACAAUGAUUACAACAAAGUUAAAUACUAUACCGACUAUUAUUAGUAAAUCAUCGGACAAAUUGUCAAAUAUAACAACAAAUAAAUUGGAUAUUAAUAGAAAUAAUCUCAAACAAUUAAUACAACUAUUGAAUCGUAUUACCGAUUCGGGUCGGAUUGGCUACAAUUUUGUCGAAACAAUAUCUAUUUCCGGUUCACAAAUAUCGCAAGUAAACACCAAAUUACAUACACCGGAUCGGGUAUACAAUGGACUUUUAGGUUGCGAUAAACUAAUGGAUCCGGAAGUACGGCAAAUAUUUGACGGUUGUGUACGCAAUUUGAUAUCUGGCCGUCAGCUAAGUCCGGAUAAGCCGCGUAUUUGCUACUACUAUGAGACCAAACAGGCCGUCCAAUUGGACAACUGUAAGAGCCAGGCCUAUCGCAAUCGGGCCUAUACUGUCAGACAGAUUAUUAAUAAAGAGCACCGGCAUAUGUGGUGUACUAUGAAAAUUGCCCGUCCAUUGGGUUGGGAGCACCUGUGUGUGUCAGGUCUGUCCCCGGAACGUAAGUCAGCCAUACGUCGGUGCGAUGAUCGCUAUAAAGAGAUAACACAACCAAUAGCCCAGUGCUACGCACAGGUGUUUGGCGAUAGACAUGACGGCCGGCCCUAUGCUUGUCGAUCGUUUGAACAUUUCAAUAAUUUAUGGCAAUGUCUUGAAUCAAAAACUAGACCACAAAAUAGCGGUAGAAAUGCCAACAAUUGGCAACAAAAAAGUGAAAAGUUGGCCAUCGAUUAUAUGGAUUGUCUCAGAGAUAUUAUAUUAGCAGUCUAUAUGAUUCAACAAUCUAUUUGCCAUAACAUUGAAGUAAAACCCGUAACCAAACCGUUUGGCGAACAAAAUCUAGAAUAUCAGGUUCAGAGACGACAGGACAAUAAAUUGUUGUCUAUAUCAACGGUUAGACAACAAGAUGACGGGUCACUGAUGUUGACCCGUAAUGACGAUAACAGUACUCAACAAGAGUUAAGAAUUCUUGAGGUCAAGAAAAACGAUUUUUGUGUCCUAUUAUUGGUAGACAUCAAAACUAAUACUCGUGACUUAAUUGUCUAUUCCCGUCAAAAGAGUUUAAAUAAUAAAUUAUUGAAAAUCGGUGAACGAUUGAAAUUAAUGUAUAAAAUUGAUUUACCACUCUAUCGGAUGCAACAAAAUGGUUGUAACGAUAAAAUGCUAAAACUUUCAAAUAAUGGUAAAUCUGAUAACAAUCACAACGAAUACGACAAUCAAAAUGUUUUAUUGAUAACAAAAAAGCCGAAAACUAUUCGGUCGACUAUACCGUCAAACUAUAUAAAUCAUAAUAAAAUUUAUAUCGACAAUAGUUAA